GCGUUCUCUCUUUUGCCGCCACAAACGGCACUACUGUAGACCAAGGAACGCUUGACAACCUCAUGGAAGAUUGCGGUCGGUUAAAGGCUGAAAAAGAAGUACUGGAGGAAUCAAAUCUCAGGUUGUGUAGCCAGGUUCGCUUACUGACGAAGGAGCUUAAGAGCACAGCUCAGUCGGUGCUUCCUAAUAACAUGGAUAACCGCAAUCAAGACGACCAAGUGUCUCUAACUUUGCCAACCUAUGGAGAUGGUAUAGACCAUCAAGAACAGAGAAAAUUGAUGCCGCAUGUAACACCUAUUGAUUUGCUGGUUCAGCACGAAAAAGAUGCAAGAAAAAUAGAACACCUGGAAGAACUAAUCUCUAAUUAUGAAACUUCCAUUGAAGAAGAGAAAUCUGAAAACCUCACGCUAACGCAAGAGAUGAAAUCUCUUCGAACUGCACUUCAGGAUGCUUUUGAACCUUUGGUUGCAACUGACUUAGCUGAGAACUUGGUACAAAUCAAAAUCGAACUAUCUCAAUCGGAAGCUGAGAAGGUUCUAGCAAAUUCACACAGUAAAAGUUUAUCCGAAGCUCUCGAAGAAAAAGAUGUUGAAAUGCACAUAUUGGGAAUGACAAUCGCAAAACUGAAAAAUGAAAUUGCUAACUUAGUCAAUAAUUACCCUGAGACGUACCUGACGGCAGAAAGCAAUAAAAAAACUUACUCUGAUUUGGUUUGCGAAAAUUGUGAACUUUCUUCGAAGUGCGAAGCUCUUACAAAUUCCUACAAAAAAUUAAAUGACAAAUACCUCAGCCUUUCUGAGUCUUUAGAGCUUAUGAAAAAUGAGAAUAAUUAUCUCAACGAAGAAUUGAUUAUGAGUUCCGGUGCCGCAACAGAAGGAGUUACACCAGACGAUGAAGAAAUUGGCAAGUUGCGUCAAAAUUGUUGUAAAUUGAAAGCGGAAAAUGAGCUGCUGGAGGAGAAAAAUCUCGAACUGUCUAACCAGAUGCGAGUUUUGUUUCAUGAGAAGCAGAAAUUGGCAAGGCAUAUCAACCCCUCUAUGUAUCAACUAAAACAUCAACAACCAGCUGUUGUAACCCAAACUAAAGAGCUUAAUUUGAACGAGGGUCUGUCUCGUGCACUCUUUUCUACCACUGACAAUGAUUUGAAGCAAACUGAAGAGGUAUUGAUGUCGGCCAAUUCAAAACCAAUUGACUCACUUGUUCGACAUGAAAGUGAUAUUCGAAAAAUUGAGCAACAGGAAGAGAAAGACUCUAAAUGUGAGAAUGUCAUUGCAGAGAAGAACGUUGAGAACCUUAGGUUAACGCAAACAAUCAAAUCUCUUCAGAGGGAGCUACAGAACUCCUUUGAAUGUUUUGGUGCUAAAGAUUUAGCCGAGGACUUGGCGCAAACUAAAACUCAACUAUCUCAAUCGGAAGCUGAGAAGGCCUUAUGCAAUACAGAGAAUAAAAAUUUAACCCAAGCUCUCGAAGAAAAAGAUGUUGAAGUGCUGACUUUGGGAACUACAAUUACAAGUUUGAAAAAAGAAUUUGCUAACCUAACCAAUAAAUACCCUGAGACGCACCUGGCGGAAGAAAACAAUCAAAAAACCUACUCUGGUUUGGUUUGCGGAAAUUGUGAGCUCUCUUCGAAGUGCGAAGCUCUUAGAAGUUCUAACAAAAGGUUAAAUGACAAUUACCGCAGCCUCUCUGAGUCUUUAGAUCUUGUUAAAAAAGAGAACUUUCAUCUCAACGAAGAAUUGAUAAAGAGUUCCGCUGCUGUAACAGAAGGAUUUACACUAGAAGAUGAAGAAACUGUCAAGUUGCGUCAAAAUUGUUGUAAGUUGAAAGCGAAAAAUGAGCUGCUGGAGGAGAAAAACGUCGAAUUAUCUGUCCAAAUGCUACUUUUGUCUAAUCAGACUAAGCAAUUGACAAGGCAAGUCAACCCCUCUAUGGAUCAAUUGCAACAAGAACAACCCGCUGUUUCAAUCCAAACUAAAGAGCACAGUUUGAACGAGGGUCUGUCUCGUGCGGUCUCUUCUACCACUGACGAUGUUUUGAAGCAAACUGAAGAAGGAUUGCCGUCGACAAUUUCAAAACCCACUGACUUGCUUGUUUGGCUUGAAAAAAAUAAUCGGAAAUUUGUCAAACAGGAGGAACAAAUCUCUAAUUGUGAGAAAGCCAUUGCAGAGGAGAAAAUUGAAAACCUUAAGUUAACGCAAGCAAUAAAAUCUCUUCAGAGGGAGUUACAGAACUCCUUUGAUUGUUUUGGUGCACAAGGUUUAGCCGAGGACUUGGCGCAAACUAAAACUCAAUUAUCUCAAUCGGAAGCUGAGAAGGCCUUAUGCAAUACAGAGAAUAAAAAUUUAACCCAAGCUCUCGAAGAAAAAGAUGUUGAAGUGCUGACUUUGGGAAUUACAAUUACAAGUUUGAAAAAAGAAUUUGCUAACCUAACCAAUAAAUACCCUGAGACGCACCUGGCGGAAGGAAACAAUCAAAAAACUUACUCUGAUUUGGUUUGCGAAAAUUGUGAUCUCUCUUCGAAGUGCGAAGCUCUUACAAGUUCUAACAAAAUGUUAAAUGACAAAUACCGCAGCCUUUCUGAGUCGUUAGAUCUUGUUAAAAAAGAGAACAUUUAUCUCAACGAAGAAUUGAUAAAAAGUUCCGCUGCUGCAACAGAAGGAGUUACACUAGACGAUGAAGAAACUGGCAAGUUGCGUCAAAAUUGUUGUAAACUGAAAGCGGAAAACGAGCUGCUGGAGGAGAAAAAUGUCGAACUAUCUUGCCAGAUCCUACUUUUGUCUAAUCAGACAAAGCAAUUUGCAAGGUAUGUCAACCCCUCUAUCGAUCAAUCGCAAGAAGAACAACCCGCUGUUUCAAUCCAAAAUAAAGAGCACAGUUUGAACGAGGGUCUGUCUCGUGCGUUCUCUUCUACCACUGGCGAUGUUUUGACGCAAACUGAAGAAGGAUUGCCGUCGACAAUUUCAAAACCCACUGACUUGCUUGUUUGGCAUGAAAAAGGUAAUCGGAAAUUUGUCGAACAGGAGGAACAAAUCUCUAAUUGUGAGAAAGCCAUUGCAGAGGAAAAAAUUGAGAACCUUAAGUUAACGCAAACAAUCAAAUCUCUUCAGAGGGAGGUACAGAACUCCUUUGAAUGUUUUGGUGCUAAAGAUUUAGCCGAGGACAUGGCGCAAACUAAAACUCAACUAUCUCAAUCGGAAGCUGAAAAGGCCUUAUGCAAUACAGAGAAUAAAAAUUUAUCCCAAGCUCUCGAAGAAAAAGAUAUUGAAGUGCUAACUUUGGGAACUACAAUAACAAAUCUGGAAGAAGAAAUUGCUAUGCUAACCAAUAAUUACCCUGAGACGUACCUGGCGGAAGAAAACAAUCAAAAAACUUACUCUGAUUUGGUUUGCGAAAAUUGUGAACUCUCUUCGAAGUGCGAAGCUCUAACAAGUUCUUACAAAAUGUUAAAUGACAAAUACCGCAGCCUUUCUGAGUCGUUAGAUCUUGUUAAAAAAGAGAACAUUUAUCUCAACGAAGAAUUGAUAAAAAGUUCCGCUGCUGCAACAGAAGGAGUUACACUAGACGAUGAAGAAACUGGCAAGUUGCGUCAAAAUUGUUGUAAACUGAAAGCGGAAAACGAGCUGCUGGAGGAGAAAAAUGUCGAAUUAUCUUGCCAGAUCCUACUUUUGUCUAAUCAGACAAAGCAAUUUGCAAGGUAUGUCAACCCCUCUAUCGAUCAAUCGCAAGAAGAACAACACGCUGUUUCAAUCCAAAUUAAAGAGCACAGUUUGAACGAGGGUCUGUCUCGUGCGUUCUCUUCUACCACUGGCGAUGUUUUGACGCAAACUGAAGAAGGAUUGCCGUCGACAAUUUCGAAACCCACUGACUUGCUUGUUUGGCAUGAAAAAGAUAAUCGGAAAUUUGUCGAACAGGAGGAACAAAUCUCUAAUUGUGAGAAAGCCAUUGCAGAGGAGAAAAUUGAGAACCUUAAGUUAACGCAAACAAUCAAAUCUCUUCAGAGGGAGCUACAGAACUCCUUUGAAUGUUUUGGUGCUAAAGAUUUAGCCGAGGACAUGGCGCAAACUAAAACUCAACUAUCUCAAUCGGAAGCUGAGAAGGCCUUAUGCAAUACAGAGAAUAAAAAUUUAUCCCAAGCUCUCGAAGAAAAAGAUAUUGAAGUGCUAACUUUGGGAACUACAAUAACAAAUCUGGAAAAAGAAAUUGCUAUCCUAACCAAUAAUUACCCUGAGACGUACCUGGCGGAAGAAAACAAUCAAAAAACUUACUCUGAUUUGGUUUGCGAAAAUUGUGAACUCUCUUCGAAGUGCGAAGCUCUAACAAGUUCUAACAAAAUGUUAAAUGACAAAUACCGCAGCCUUUAUGAGUCGUUAGAUCUUGUUAAAAAAGAGAACAUUUAUCUCAACGAAGAAUUGAUAAAAAGUUCCGCUGCUGCAACAGAAGGAGUUACACUAGACGAUGAAGAAACUGGCAAGUUGCGUCAAAAUUGUUGUAAACUGAAAGCGGAAAACGAGCUGCUGGAGGAGAAAAUUGUCGUAUUAUCUUGCCAGAUCCGACUUUUGUCUAAUCAGACAAAGCAAUUUGCAAGGUAUGUCAACCCCUCUAUCGAUCAAUCGCAAGAAGAACAACCCGCUGUUUCAAUCCAAACUAAAGAGCACAAUUUGAACGAGGGUCUGUCUCGUGCGUUCUCUUCUACCACUGACUAUGUUUUGACGCAAACUGAAGAAGGAUUGCCGUCGACAAUUUCAAAACCCACUGACUUGCUUGUUUGGCAUGAAAAAGAUAAUCGGAAAUUUGUCGAACAGGAGGAACAAAUCUCUAAUUGUGAGAAAGCAAUUGCAGAGGAGAAAAUUGAAAACCUUAAGUUAACGCAAACAAUCAAAUCUCUUCAGAGGGAGUUACAGAACUCCUUUGAUUGUUUUGGUACGCAAGGUUUAGCCGAGGACUGGGCGCAAACUAAAACUCAAUUAUCUCAAUCGGAAGCUGAGAAGGCCUUAUGCAAUACAGAGAAUAAAAAUUUAACCCAAGCGCUCGAAGAAAAAGAUAUUGAAGUGCUAACUUUGGGAACUACAGUCACAAAUCUCGAAAAAGAAAUUGCUAUCCUAACCAAUAGCUACCCUGAGACGUACCUGGCGGAAGAAAACAAUCAAAAAACUUACUCUGAUUUGGUUUGCGAAAAUUGUGAACUCUCUUCCAAAUGCGAAUCUCUUACAAGUUCUAAGAAAAGGUUAAAUGACAAAUACCUCAGCCUUUUUGAAUCUUUAGACCUUACGAAAAAAGAAAAUAGCUAUCUCAAAGAGGAAUUGGUUAAGAUUUCCGCUGCCGAACCAGAUAAAAUUACUCUAGGCGAUGAAGAAAUUAGCAAUUUGCGUCAAACUUGUUGUAAGUUGAAAUCGGAAAAUGAGCUGCUAGAGGAAUUAAAUCUCGAAUUAAACAGCCAGGUGCAUUUUCAGAAGAAGCAGAAACUGUCAAGACACGUCAGACCUUCUAUGGAUCAACCAAAACAAGAACAAUUCGGAUUUUUAACCCAGUCUAAAGAGCACAAUUUGAACGAGGGUCCGUCUCGUGCUUUCUCUUCUACCACUGAUAAUGAUUGGACGCAAACUGAAGAAGCGUUGCUGUCAACAAAUUCAAAAUCAAUUGACUUGCUUGUUCGGCACGAAAGAGAUAAACGAAAAAUUGACAAACAGGAAGAACAAAUCUCUAAUUGUGAGAAAGCCAUUGCAGAGGAGAAGAUUGAGAACCUUAGGUUAGCGCAAACAGUCAAAUCUCUUCAGAGGGAGCUACAGAACUCCUUUGAAUGUUUUGGUGCUAAAGAUUUAGCCGAGGACAUGGCGCAAACUAAAACUCAACUAUCUCAAUCGGAAGCUGAGAAGGCCUUAUGCAAUACAGAGAAUAAAAAUUUAUCCCAAGCUCUCGAAGAAAAAGAUAUUGAAGUGCUAACUUUGGGAACUACAAUAACAAAUUUGGAAAAAGAAAUUGCUAUCCUAACCAAUAAUUACCCUGAGACGUACCUGGCGGAAGAAAACAAUCAAAAAACUUACUCUGAUUUGGUUUGCGAAAAUUGUGAACUCUCUUCGAAGUGCGAAGCUCUAACAAGUUCUAACAAAAUGUUAAAUGACAAAUACCGCAGCCUUUAUGAGUCGUUAGAUCUUGUUAAAAAAGAGAACAUUUAUCUCAACGAAGAAUUGAUAAAAAGUUCCGCUGCUGCAACAGAAGGAGUUACACUAGACGAUGAAGAAACUGGCAAGUUGCGUCAAAAUUGUUGUAAACUGAAAGCGGAAAACGAGCUGCUGGAGGAGAAAAAUGUCGAAUUAUCUUGCCAGAUCCUACUUUUGUCUAAUCAGACAAAGCAAUUUGCAAGGUAUGUCAACCCCUCUAUCGAUCAAUCGCAAGAAGAACAACCCGCUGUUUCAAUCCAAAAUAAAGAGCACAGUUUGAACGAGGGUCUGUCUCGUGCGUUCUCUUCUACCACUGGCGAUGUUUUGACGCAAACUGAAGAAGAAUUGCCGUCGACAAUUUCGAAACCCACUGACUUGCUUGUUUGGCAUGAAAAAGAUAAUCGGAAAUUUGUCGAACAGGAGGAACAAGUCUCUAAUUGUGAGAAAGCCAUUGCAGAGAAGAACGUUGAGAUUCUUAAAUUAACGCAAACAAUCAAUUUUCUUCAGAGGGAGCUACAGAACUCCUUUGAAUGUUUUGGUGCUAAAGAUUUAGCCGAGGACUUGGCGCAAACUAAAACUCAACUAUCUCAAUCGGAAGCUGAGAAGGCCUUAUGCAAUACAGAGAAUAAAAGUUUAACCCAAGCUCUCGAAGAAAAAGAUGUUGAAGUGCUGACUUUGGGAACUACAAUUACAAUACGAAGCUCUUACGAGUUCUUACAAAAACUUAAAUGA